GCGGGCACUGGGGCAGACAUUGAAUCGUCUGGCUGGACAGCGGGCAUCGGGUCACCAGGCAUCAGGUCAUUUGGCUCGACAGCGGGCACCGCGUCAUCUGGCAAGGCAGUGGGCUCCGAGUCAACAGGCACGACAGUGGGCACCGGGUCAUCAGGUACCGGAUUGUCUGGCUCGACAGCGGGCAUUGGGUCACCAGGUAUGACAGCGGUCACUGGGUCACCAGGCAUCAGGUCAUUUGGCUCGACAGCGGGCACCGCGUCAUCUGGCAAGGCAGUGGACUCCGAGUCAACUGGUAUGACCGCGGGCACUAGGUCAGACAUUGGAUCGUCUGACUGGACAGCGGGCAUCGGGUCACCAGGCAUCAGGUCAUUUGGCUCGACAGCGGGCACCGCGUCAUCUGGCAAGGCAGUGGGCUCCGAGUCAACAGGCACGACAGUGGGCACCGGGUCAUCAGGUACCGGAUUGUCUGGCUCGACAGCGGGCAUCGGGUCACCAGGCAUCAGGUCAUUUGGCUUGCCAGCGGGCACCGCGUCAUCUGGCAAGGCAGUGGGCACCGGGUCACCAGGCAUUGGAUCGUCUGGCUGGAUCAGUUCAUCAUGCUGGGUAGAGGCAUCAGGCUGAAUGCCGGCGUCCGGCUGAGUAGAGGCUUCAGGCUGAGUAGAGGCAUCAGGCUGAGUAGAGGCUUCAGGCCGAGUAGAGGCUUCAGGCCGAGUAGAGGCUUCAGGCUGAGUAGAGGCUUCAGGCUGAACCACGG